AUGGCGUUCAACUUCAACUGGUCGCCACUUAUGGCGGACGCGAGUUUUUACACUCGGGCCCAAGAACUUCUUACAGACGCGCUCAAUAAAUCACCGAAACCUCCCAUCAUUGUCGAUGAUAUUAUAGUCACAGAACUCAACCUGGGCUCUAUGCCUCCAGAUCUAGAGAUUCUGGAGAUUGGCGAUCUGGCAGAAGAUCGCUUUCGUGGCAUCUUCAAGAUGUCUUAUUCCGGCGACGCAUUCUUGACGCUGAAGACUCGCGUUCAAGCCAACCCUCUCAACACAUACCUCAUCACAAGACCUGCUUUCGCAUCGCCAAAACCUUUAGCCGCAGCAACCCCGCUUACUAUCCCCCUUCAAAUUACCCUCUCCGACUUCAAACUCUCCGGCUUUGUUAUUCUAGUUUUUUCCAAGCAAAAAGGAAUCACGGUUGUAUUUCGAAACGAUCCCCUGGAGUCGUUGAAGGUUUCGUCAACAUUCGAUUCAAUCCCAUUCGUGCGCGACUUUCUUCAAAAAGCGAUAGAAGCGCAGCUACGAAUCUUGUUUAUGGACGAACUGCCCGCAAUCAUUCACCGCCUGUCACUUCGCUUGUGGGUUCCUGAAUAUCGCACAGGAGAGGAGAUGAACAAAGAGACAGGCGAAGGCCCGGGCCAGGAUCCUUUGGCCAGCCCUCCGCAAGAUCCAGUGGAUUCACUGGGUAACGCAUUGAACGAAUCUGAGAUCGCAUCUCUUUCUCUAGAUUCAUCGGUCGAAACGCAUUCUCUGUUUUCACAUAAGAAUCUCCUUCGCCUUGCCGCAUUGACCGACUCCCAACGAACCCUAUCUUUGUUCACGCCCUCCAUCCAAGAAGUGGUUUACCGGGCUUGGACUUCUCCCUACGAUUCUAGCGACUCCCCAGCCAGUAUUAUCUCUCCCUUGAGCCCAGCAAUGUCUCGAACUCAUUCACAGGUUGGUAGCCUGGCAUCGUCGAUACACGAGACAGCCAGCGUUGCGUCGCUACAAAGCCGCAGCUCUUCAUUCAGCACCUCUGGAAUACACUCUGGACUACAGCUCGGCGCGGGUCGACAUUCAAAGGCUCACUCCCGGAGGCGAAAGAAGCGCGUGGUCGAUCUGCGUCGCCCCAAGACCACUGAUGACGCCAUGAGUGUCAGCGACGAAGCCAUAACAGAAUCCAGCUGUCCUCCGUCUAUAUACUCUGCGCCUCUGCCUCGAGUGAAUGAGAUGUGCGAUGACCCAGUGACACCUCCGUUCCACCCGCAAAGCGACUUCGGUCUCCCAACUAUCCCCGACCGACAUGGAUUGAGCCUUUCCCGACCGAUACCAUUACGUCCCAGUGUUUUGUCACAUGAAAUUGGAGAGCCAUCCUACUCUACUGAAACCAUUCGCGCUCCUAAGAAGGAGAAGAAGGAGGACGUGGAUACCACUCCUCGUGCUACUUUACGUGGUUGGCCUAAGGAGAAGGCCGAGCCUGGUCCCUCAUCCGGCGCCGCUCGGUCGCAGUUGCCCGCCACUAUACUUCCUUUCAGCAAGGAAGACCCGCUCUCUGGUGCAUCGGUCGAUUCUCUCCUAGUCGAACGACUGGCUGGUGAAAUCGCUCGUCGCAUGCGCGAUGAAAAACUUAUGAACAACCCAUGCAGCAACUUCUGGACUCGCGCCCAGGAAGAUGCUCCACCUCCGGCAUAUGGACACUGA